AUGUUGAUGCUACUGAAGCUGCUAUCAAUACUGAUAUGUUUGCGCCACGUCAUAGCACUUACUUAUACGGGUUGCUAUCCUUCGUCUCAGCUUGAGCAGUCGUUUUUUUUUCAGUCUUCUACCUCACUCCAAACCAUUGAACUGUGCAGUGGGGCCUGCUCGAGUCGCCUUUACCUUGCUUUGAUCAAUGGAACAGAGUGUUAUUGUUCGGAUUCCUUCGCCGUUGAAAGCGAAAGGAGCAUCGAGUGUGAAGUUAGAUGUGCUGGUAACACUACGCAAACUUGUGGUGGGACAUUCAGUUUCCAGGUUUUUCUCCACGAGGAUCUGGCAAACUCAAUCUCUUCAUCCGCUUCCACCAGUGAGUAUCCUUCUACUACUUUGCCAUCUGACAGUAAUGAUACUUCAACAAUAAGUGAUGGGAGUUACCUAUUUUUGGAAGGAAGUUCAACACUAUUAACUACUGCGGGAGUUCAGAAUUUUACCUUUUCUCUUUCCUCAUCAUCAUCUCCCCAGACAUUUUUCUCUUGGAACACUUUGGCCAACAUAACAUCAUCGUCAGAAGACUCUUCAGAAUGGUCAGAGACGACUUCCAUUGAAAGCCAAGUAGCUGAAACAGUGGCUCCGGCAGUCCCUGCAGCCAAUGAAGCCACUCAGGUAAAUACUGUUGACACUUCAUCCGACGAACUCCAGUCUUCUUCCCAGUUUAUACCGACUCCAUCUCCAUCUUCGGCAACGGCCUCAUACAUUGAGAAUAACGGACAAGUUUUGAGCACUGGUGCUAUCGUAGGAAUAUCCGUUGGCUGUUCUUCGCUCUUGGUACUCUUCGUUGUAAUAUGCUACUUUGUCAGAAGAAGGAGGAACAUUAAAAGUGCGCAAUUACCAGAAGAUGAGUCUUCUGUUGCAGAAAGAGACGAUUAUGUUUCUGAAUUUGUUAGGAACUAUGUCCAAAACUACCAUCAAAAUGGAAGCAUUUUGUCAUCAUCUUCCCAGUCCGUGAUUUCCUCACUAGAUACAAAUUCAACAGGUCCAUUUGGGAGCGGACAGGUUAGAAGGUUUGAUCAAGAUGACGAUUUUGAGGAUGAAAGAGAAGUCUUGCGGAUAAUAAAUCCAGAUAAUACAAGUGAAAAUUCAUUCGGAACAACUUAA